UUUGCCGUCAAUACAAGCUGUUAUCGAUAACAAAAUAAGUGCUCCAUCUUGCAUUAAAAACGUUUAACAUAUGAGGAAGUACUCUGACGGCAAUUGAAAAAAUUAAAUUUGUUUAAAUUAUUUUAUUACUUUUAACUUAUUUGUUUUAAUCUAUCAAUAUUAUUAAAUACAAUUUGGCACAGUAUAAGGCAAAGUGUGUUUUGUUUGGUUAUUGAUAAUAUCUGUCUUGACAACCAAACGAUAAAAUGUCUGCUAAAAAUGUAGGCAAUCACGAUCUGCAAACUUAUUUGGAUGCUUUCAAUGAAGAGAUAGAGGAAGGCGACCAGACUGUCGUAACACUCAACUCUGAAACCAUUGCAGCGCUAGGAUGUGGAGAUCAAACAGCACAAAGUCUUUUUAGUGAAGGAAAUAAUGCAAAUGUUAAAGACAUUUCUAUUGGCGUAGACGGGGAAUUGUUUUAUGUGAAUGAGACAGAAAAUUCACCAAAAAACGAUACAGUUGAGCUGGAAAUACAAAAUAACAAUGUAAAAGGAAAGGUCUUGAGACAUAAAUCGAAAAGAAAUGUUAGAAAAGAAGUUGUGUUAGCUCCCGCAGAGGAAGAUCAAGACGCUCAAAUAGAAUAUGUUGUCAUUAUCGAAGGUGAAAACCAGGGUGAUGGUGAGGGUGAUGACUUAGAAAUAAAACCUAAUGUUAAAGAAAUAUAUGAAUUUGAUGAAACUGAAUCAGUUCCCGAAAAUGAUAAAAGUGUUGGCAUUGCUGCUAGAGAAGGGCGUCUGAAGCAAAACGCAAAUAGUAGUGGUGAAUUAUUUAAAUGUGGUUAUUGUAGUUAUGCUGCUCCAAAAAGAUAUAUACUUUCACGUCAUUUAGCAUCACACUCUGACUAUCGACCAUACAAGUGUUCUGUGUGUGAGCGUGGCUUUAAAAAAAAUGCUGCUUUGCAUAACCAUAUGAAUGUGCAUUUAGGAAAGAAACCGCAUCAAUGUAAAUCUUGUGAAAUGGCUUUUACCACAUCUGGUGAAUUAUUGCGACACGUGCGUUACCGUCACACCAAGGAAAAACCUCACAAAUGCACCGAAUGUGAUUAUUGUAGUGUUGAAGUAAGUAAACUUACACGUCAUAUGCGUUGUCAUACUGGCGAAAGACCUUACCAAUGUCCACACUGUACAUAUGCAUCCCCUGAUACUUUUAAACUUAAACGACAUUUAAGAACACAUACAGGAGAAAAACCAUAUGAAUGCAAAAUCUGUCAUGCUCGUUUCACGCAAUCGAAUUCUCUUAAAUCGCAUUUGCUAAUACAUAGUGUUGGCGAUAAACCUAUUUUUCAAUGUGAAUUAUGUCCAACUACUUGCGGACGUAAGACUGAUUUACGUCUGCAUAUGAAAAAGCUCCAUCACUCUGAUAAACCAAUAAAAUGUAAAAGAUGUGGCAAAGAUCUUCCUGACCGUUAUUCUUACAAACAACAUAUAAAAUCACAUGAAGGGGAAAAGUGCUUUAUUUGUCAAUAUUGCCCAUAUCGUUCUGUAACCAUGAAACAGUUGAAUACACAUAUGCUUAUACACACAGAUGAAAAGCCUUUCAGUUGUGAUCAAUGUACCACUAAAUUUCGAAGUCGCGAAUUGCUCUUACGGCAUACGAACAUUUAUCAUACAACAGAUUACAAACCGCCACCACCACGUGCAAAAAAUCACACCUGUCCAACGUGCCAAAAGAAGUUUACACAUAAGGGUAAUUUAAUGCGUCACAUGGAAACGCAUGAUCCCGAUCCAGAUUUACAAAAAGAAAAGCUUAAAAUUAAAAUUGGACGCAUGACACGAGUUCAUCCGGACGGUUCUAUUAUUACCUUGGCACCAGAUUAUGCGAAUGAAAAUAUUGGUGAAAAUGAUGAUGCUGAGGACGACGAUUUUUAUGAACUUGAAGAUGAUGAAGGUGUUGAUAAUGAAAGUAGAAUUGAAUAUGUUGAAACAAUUGAUGAAGAUUUUGAGGAGAAACCUUUUGCAAACGUUACUGAUAAUGAUGUUGAUUAUAAUGAAAGUACAAUUUCAAUUAAAAAUGAACCACAUCAAACUGAAGGUUAUUUAACAUUAGAAGAAGUAGCAGAAAAUGGAGAGCAAUUUGUUGUUGUUGAAGUAAUACAAUGCGAUGACGAAGAAUUGGAUGAAGAUGAAAAUACUUUAACACUUAAUAAUGUCAUUAAAAUAGAAGAUAAAAGUGCUGAAGUUGUAAACGAUGGUAAUUGUUUUGGAUUUGAGGAGGAUAUUGCGGAAUUAAUUGAGGAAAAGGGUACCAGGAGAAAGCGAAAAUUUAUCAUAACCGAAAACUAGUCAUUUCAUCUAACAUAUGUUAAUAAAUUUUUUUAUUUUUAAAUUUGUUUUAAUUAAAAUUAA